CAUCAAGAAUUAAUCUUUCUUCUUACCACUGUCCAUUACUUCAGUGUUUCUCUGCUUCUCCAAUGGCUUCUCAUCAUUUUCUUCUGCUGGCAGUUCUCCUGGCUAUGGCUUGCUCUCUGGCUAUGGCGUCUGAUCACAGCCCUCUUCAAGACUUUUGUGUUGCCGACCCAAACAGCCCAGUGCUGUUGAAUGGUCUAGCUUGCAAGGAUCCAAAGCUUGUAGAAGCCAACGACUUCUUCUUCUCCGGCCUCCACCUGGCCGGCAACACAUCCAACGCCGUCGGAUCCAAGGUCACUCCGGUGACGGCAACCCAGUUGCCGGGACUCAACACUCUAGGGAUCGCCAUGGCCCGGGUCGACUACGCUCCCUGGGGGAUCAACCCGCCCCACACCCAUCCUCGGGCCUCAGAAAUCUUGACGGUUCUUGAAGGCAGCCUCUACGUAGGGUUCGUCACUUCCAACCCGGAGAACCGACUCAUUUCCAAGGUCCUUCAUAAGGGCGACGUGUUCGUGUUUCCCCAGGGGCUUGUCCAUUUCCAGAAGAAUACUGGGUAUGGCAAUGCAGUGGCCAUUGCAGCGCUCAGCAGCCAGAAUCCUGGCGUUAUCACCAUUGCCAAUGCCGUCUUCGGAUCCAAACCCGACAUAGCUUCCGAUGUUCUUGCGAAGGCUUUCCAAGUGGAUAACGACGUAAUUGCUCGUUUGCAGUCACAGUUCUAGACGAUCUCAAGGCGCGCCAGCUCUGGAAGAUCAAUUAAAGUCUCUAAGCCAAAUGUUUUGGAUGUUCCCAUGAUGAUCGAUCAGUUUCCGUUCUCUGUUUGCAGACAUUGGUUUUGCUUUUGUUGUUGAAACACAUGAAGUUGAUUUGUUAUUCUUUUUCUUGGAUGUUUUGAAAGUAAUAGAAAAAUAUUGUUGAGUUGUGGGAAGCUUUA